ACCACAAGUCUAUUCUCCAAGUCCAUGAAUUCUACCUCUGCAGUUUAUUAGGUACAUCACUCUGAUAAAAUUACCACACCUCUUUAACCCUCAGUUUCCUUUUCUAUUCAACAGAAAUCAUAAUGAUGCAAAACUCACAGAAUUGUUGUGACACAAUGCAUAGAACAUGCUUAGGCCAGUGCCUGAAACAUGGAAGAUACUCACAUACAGUAGCUAUUUAUAACCCUCUGUCUUGCCUACAAGGAAGUAACUGUGAAAAUAUCUCAAACUUCCAACCAUACAUACUCUAGUUACCCACUCUAAGAAAAAAGAGGUAGAUUAAACAUGCAAGAAAAAAGUAGGAGUCCUCUUAAUUUCAACACGUAGACAACAAUGGAAAGAGCUAAUGACAGCACCUUCUCUGGAUUCAUUCUCCUGGGCUUCUCCAAUCGGCCUCAGCUGGAAACCGCUCUGUCUGUGCUCAUCCUGAUCAUCUACUUUUUGAGCUUCUUAGGCAAUGGCACCAUUAUACUUCUGUCACUUGUGGAUUCUCACCUCCACACCCCUAUGUAUUUCUUCCUCUCCAAUCUCUCUUUUAUGGACCUGUGUUUGACUACUUGCACUGUCCCCCAGACAGUGGCCAACUUUAAGGGAAAGGACAAGAGCAUCACCUAUGGUGGUUGUGUGACCCAGCUCUUCAUUGCCUUGGGACUUGGGGGUGUAGAAUGUGUCCUCCUGUCUGUCAUGGCCUAUGACCGCUAUGCAGCUGUGUGCCGCCCACUCCACUACAUGCUGAUCAUGCAUCCUCAGCUUUGCUCACAGCUGGUGGCAACUGCUUGGCUCACGGGGUUUGGCAAUUCUGUAGUACAGACAGCACUGACCAUGACUCUUCCUCUCUGUGGCAAAAACCAAGUGGACCAUUUCUUCUGUGAAGUUCCAGCGAUGCUGAAACUGGCCUGCACCAACACCUCCAUCAAUGAGGCUGAGCUCUUUGCUGUCAGUGUCCUCUUCUUGGUGGUGCCCCUGUCACUUAUCUUAGUGUCCUAUGGCCACAUUACCCAUGCAGUCCUGAAGAUAAAGUCAGCCCAGGGGAGGCGCAAGGCUUUUGGAACUUGUGGUUCUCACUCAAUGGUAGUGAUUGUUUUCUUCGGGACACUCAUCUCCAUGUACCUCCAGCCUCCCUCCAGUUACUCUCAGGAUGUAAAUAAAAGCAUUGCGCUCUUCUAUACUCUGGUGACUCCCCUGCUGAAUCCCCUGAUUUACACUUUGAGAAACAACGAAGUCAAAGGGGCACUAAGAAGACUAGUGAGGAGAACACCAGACUCGAGACAGAGCUAG